UGAGAGAUGAAUUCAUCCAAACUAAAUUGCCUCAAUCCGUAAUAAAAAAAAUGCUGAAAAUCAUAUUGUGAUGAUAUCGAUACAAAUCAAAUCAAUGUUGCUUCUUCUUCUUCUCAAAUCACACUAACACUUUCAACUUAAAACCAAAAAAAAAAUGUUACUCACUCAUAACCUUCAUCUCCCUUUCACUCAUUCACUCUUCACCACCCCCUUCCGCCCCUUGCACCUCACCACUCCAAUCCUCAACCUCAAAUCACCAUCCACACCCCCCAGGUUUACUUCCUUCACCGUCCACGCCGAUUCAUCUAGCCGUCAAUCCCAACCGUCUAUCCCCAACCAUGUCGUCGUCAAUUCCAUCUUCGAUUCCUUCCUUUCGCUUCUCGAAUUCCUGUGCCUUCUCUCUUCGCUCAUCGUGUCGGUUAGCGUCGCCGUGAUUGCGCUUUGGAAGAAGGAGUUGUAUGAAACGAUUGGUAACAGAGUUGCUCCGUUGAGUAUGUUGUUGUUGGUGGUCGGUGUUUUGACUGGUGCGUUGAUUAGGAGAAGGAGGGAUAUUAUGAUCAGUGGAGUUCCGGUGUCGAAGAUGAGUCUGUUGCCGAGGAUUCAGAAAUUGGAAGGGGAUUUGGCUAGGUCUGCCGAUGUUAUUAGGGUUUUGUCUAGGCAGCUUGAGAAAUUGGGGAUGAGGUUUCAACUCACUCGGAAGAAUUUGAAGGAACCUAUAUCUGAGACGGCUUCUCUCGCACAGAAGAAUUCCAAGGCAGCAACAGUAUUAGCCAUGCAAUCAGACGUUUUGGAGAAGGAGGUCGAGGAAAUUCAAAAAGUUUUACUAGCAAUGCAGGAACAACAGCAAAAACAACUCGAUCUCAUUCUUGCAAUUGUGAAGCCAGGUAACCCAUGGGAAAGCAAGCAAAUUAAUGAGGUGAAUCAGGAGGUCCACCAAAUUUGAAGCUUGGUACAAAUUCCAGAGUGAUGAAUCUUAGCGAAACAUUCUGAUUUUUGAUGUGAACACUGAAUCAUCUAUCAACACACGAGGUCAAAUUAACAAUAAUUUUAUCACAUAAAUAAUUAUUACACUUUUCUAAGGGCACCGUCGGAAGGUUCCUGUGGAUACAGGUGAAAAGAAAUUAAUCAAUGAGUCAAUUCAAUCUAAGGGGAGAAUGAUCUGAACUCUCUGAUUUGUGGUAAAGUUCGGGAACGUGAUGUUGGUUCUGUGUUUGUGCAUGUACUUUCAUUUCAAGUUUACAUGGUGCUCAUCAUCAAAACUUGUCACAGUUCACAUCUUUACUUUGUAUCAAAAACAUAUGAAUAUACAUAGGUGUGGAACACUUUGGUCCAGACUAGUGAUUGUUCUAUUUGGGUCAAGUUUUUCUAUAUCAAAUGAAAAAUAGGAUUGAAGUCA